AUGGCGCCCCGCUUCCUCGCCCCCAAGGAGAUCGGCCUUCUCAUUCUCCUGACCAUCUACUGCGAGGGCGCUGUGCCAGCUGACCAGCUCAUCAACAUCCUCACCUUCCUCGCUAGCCAUAGCCACACCAUCCCGAUCAAAAUCCCCUCUGCCCCACAACGCCGCUUCCAGAGGGCCCAGGAGGACAUAGACCUGAUCGAGUCCAUCACCCCGUUCGAGACUCUCCUGCAGCCCAUCCCUGCCGCCGUGGGCCUUCCCGGCCGGAGGUUGUGGGAUCUCUUCCUCUCCCGCCUAUGGGAUCUCGACUCCCUCGAUACCCUCCACCGCUUCUUCUACGGCCUGCCCGCCAUCAUCGCCACCAAGGAACAGAUCCGCCGCAUGAUCGAGCACGAUGACAACCAUGAAGGCGCCGACCUCGACCACACCGUCCCUCUGCUGUCAAACUCCCCCCUGGGUCUAUUCGCCCGCAGGGCUCAUGUCGAGUUCCGCAGGCUCCCCUUCCUGAGCGCCUCCCGCCUAUGGACGGACUUUGUCAUAUACCGCCAGCCGACCGCCGCCGCCUGGGCUCGUUGUGGUAGUCCCAUACUGGGCCUACGACCGCUAUCCUCCUUCGACGCCGCUCUCGAGGCCGGCGCCCCUCCCGAUUGGGGCUCCUGGGUCCCCGAUCUUGUGUAUGGCGACGUCGGCAACACCCCGACGCCCGCGAGCGCCUGGAACAUUGAUGGCCUGAUUGAGUUCCAGGUUGCCCAGAUGCAACGAUACGGGGUCCGCGUGCCUCGGGAGCUGCAACAGCGCUUCUCUAUUUUGCUCGAGACCAGUCGUGCCAACCCAAGACUGGCAUAUUAUCUCAGGUUCCUGGAAGCAUGGAGGUCCGGCGACCAGUCUACCUCGUUCGAGUAUCUGCACCGCUUCUUCGACUACACCAUGCAGAACAGCGAUCGCGAACACCACCAGUAUGCCCUGCUGAACCUGGCAGUUCUGCAGGAAGAUUUCGGCUGCCACGCAGACGCCAUGUCCUCCAUCCUCGAGACCAUCGCCGCGGGCCGCCAAAAGCAAGACAUCACCUGCCUCAACUUCGCCCUGAACUUCUACUACAACUUCAGCCUGCAGCACCCGCGUCUAGUCGAAUCUGCCAGAGCCCGCACCAUGUCUGCCGCCGGCCGAGAGACCCUCAGGUAUCUUGGCUCCAAAGCCCAGGAAGCCGGCAUGUGGCCUACCUGGUGUACCGCCCUGUUAGCCGAAGCCAAGGAAGGCCUCACCAGCGGUGGCAGCAUCGCCCUCGCUCUGGAGAACAUUGCGCGCAGCUCGCACAUCAUCGUGCGGCGCGGCCUGGUCAAUAUGUUUGGCACCCAGCUCUCCCUCUACGUCACUGUCUGGGACCGUGUGGGUGUUGGCAUCCUCGCCAACAUGCUCUGCGACAUGUUCCUGCGCUGUCAUGCCCAGAAUGCCAUCCUGGAUGACACCCUGAAGAUUACCUGCCGCCUCGCUGGCCUGUUGGUUGGAGCUGGUAGGUACGACGAGGGGCUGGAGCUCCUCGAGAACAUGGACCCCGACUGCCUGCACAUCUGGAAAUCCGAAAGGUACCGCCAGAAGCUGCGCGCCCUUGUUAAGCUGCGCAGGAACCUUCAUCGCGGCGACCUCGACGCAGCCGACCUCCUCCUGCGCCAGGUCUUGCAGACGAGAAGCGACGACGAGCCCGACCUGCUUUUUGUUGCUGACUCCCUCCACUUCGAUCUGCUCGUCCGCCGCGGCGAUUUCCGCGCUGCCUUUGACACGGUUGACCGUCUCAUCACUGAGGCACACGAGCGCAGCGGCCGCCUUGGCGCUGACGUCGUGCUGCGUGUCCGGCUGCUCCUGAUGAAGGCCCACCUUUUUGAGCGCACCGGUCGCCCGCACCGAGGCUUCUCGAUCGCCGUGCGUGCCGUCGCCCUGUCUUGGAAGGCCGGUCUGCCCGCCCUCCUCUGGCAGUCCGUCGCUGCACUGGCCGUCAUCCUCAACGCCCUCGGCGAUCACGACGGCGCUGCUGACCUGCUGUGCGCCGUCCUCCCGCGAUGUUUAGAGUCCGACUUUAGUCACCUGGCUGCCAACAUGUAUUCGAGCCUUGCCGAUGCGUACGUCGGUAUCGCAGGACAGGUCGGGGCCAAGACGCCGGCGGCGAGGAUGGAGUACCUAAACAAAGCUAUGGACCCGCUGCGGCGCGCCUUUGAACUCUAUGUAGCCGUAGAAGAUCUACAGCAGAAGCUGGAGGUGACGGCCAAGAUGGCCAUGAUCAUGAGGGUCAGAGGCGAGAUGACGGCGGCGGACGACCUGGCCGCCAGGUAUCUGGAGUUGAGGACGGGAGGCGAUGACGGUAUGAGGUAA